GGUGGAAGGGCUAGAAGUCCGAAUCCAGGUUGUGCAUCGUUAAAUCUACUGCAUUGAAGAACAGGGCCUGAGACUUAUGCUGCCAUCCAUCUUGAGUCUCUUGCACUUUCUGUAGAAAUAGAUUAUACUGCUCUGGAUGGGUGUUUUUGAGAAGGAAACGCUACACAAUGCGUGAGUACAAGUUGGUGGUCCUCGGUUCAGGAGGAGUUGGGAAGUCAGCUUUGACUGUACAAUUUGUUCAAGGAAUAUUUGUUGAAAAGUAUGAUCCAACAAUAGAGGACUCCUAUAGAAAGCAAGUUGAAGUCGAUGGACAACAAUGCAUGCUUGAAAUCCUGGAUACAGCUGGAACGGAACAAUUUACAGCAAUGAGAGAUUUAUACAUGAAGAAUGGUCAAGGUUUUGCAUUAGUGUACUCUAUAACAGCACAGUCGACAUUUAAUGACUUGCAGGAUCUAAGGGAGCAGAUUCUUCGAGUCAAAGACACUGAUGAUGUGCCAAUGAUUUUGGUUGGUAAUAAGUGUGAUUUAGAGGAAGAACGUGUGGUUGGAAAAGAACAAGGACAGAAUCUAGCAAGACAGUGGUGUAACUGUGCCUUUCUAGAAUCAUCUGCAAAGUCAAAGGUUAACGUUAAUGAGAUUUUCUAUGAUCUGGUCCGACAAAUCAACAGAAAAUCUCCAGUUUAUGGAAGGCCUCAAAAAACCUCAAAAUGCCAGCUGCUUUAAUACAGAUCUAUUCUAACUUCACGCCAGACAUGAUGAACUAUUUCCCAUUUUGACAGUGCCAGCAUUCCACUUUACUAAACCUAUUGACAUCUGAAAAAUGGACUUUCCUGUGGUGGUACCCUUCAACAAAUGGAUGAAAGCUCCCAAGUCACUUUGCACAUAAAGUAAUUAUAAUAUUUUCAGCAUUGCAAGAACAGAAAGCUUUUUUUACUUCUAAACAUUCUAAUAGUAGGCAACUGUUAAAACUAGGACCUACAUUCAGUGUUACUGAUGAUCACAUGGAGCAAGUACUCCUUUCACCAAUGUUACAUUAAGCUAAUAAAUAAAUAUUGGUAAUUCCCUUUUUUGUCAAUUAAGUUAUGUAAUUUCCUGAAAGCACCACUAUUUUAGCAUAAUAAAGAUGGAAGUCCAAAGAUAUCUUUAGAAUAGAUGGUUUCUCACAGCUAACACUGCUUCUUCAAUAUUUGUUGCUUUUAAAAUGGAGAUGCAAAAUCAUUGUUUUAGUGUAUAACUGUGCUCUGAUAAUUGCAACAGCUAUUAAAGUAUUUUGAGUUUUUAUUUUAGUAAAACCUGUGGAAACAGUGAUUUCUAUGUAUAAAAAGUAUGUUUUUGUUUUAGUCAUAUUUUGUCUUUGGUCUACACUGUUGCCUUCAAAUAGCUGUUAACAUUUUCAGAAAAAAAUGUCAUGUCUUUCAUUGUAUGUUUCCUUUUCUGUUUACAUGGAUAAUGUUUAUAAAGGAUUGUACAGUGCGGGUCAACAACAGGAAUUAUAUAUUUUAAAAUACUUAUUUUAAAACUUUACAAGUUAGCUUGGAGAUCACUCCUGAUCUGCUCCUACAACUGUGGGUUCUCACUAAUUCUGCUUGCUUAUGCAUAUUUGUAAUUAUCAGUACCAAAUAUACAUUAAAUUAGACAUUGCCUGUUAGUGGUUAUGUUUCACGUGUAAUGUUUUGUUGAAAUGUUUCCUGGUGGAAGAGUACUGUGGGUAUUGAUGGUGAAUGUGAGAAAUAAUUUUUAUUAGAGUGUAAUUGGUCUCACGGCCCAAGUUCCGCUGAUUUAUUUAACAAUGCCUUCAUGCUUUGUAUGCAUUAACUUUUGGGUAGAAGAUUGUGUAUGGAAUUGAGCCACAGUAUUUGAAAUGACCAACUUAAUGCUGCAAGUGCUUUAAGAUGGCCGUGUAAACUUUAAAAGCCUUAAUUUCCAUAGAGUGGUGCAAUUUUUUUGUAUAACCUUGUGUCAAUUCAUUAUUAUGGAUUGCCAUGCAAGGGCUUGCAUUAUGAUUAUCUGCCACUUGAAUGUUUUGUCAUGUUUUAACUGCAAGUAAAUAAAGUAUUCGUUUAACUUUUA